AUGCAUCCGUCUUCGCUUGAUCCUUGGUCUCACAUGGUAUACCAUCCACCACCGGUAUCUUUGAGCCAUGUGGUGAUUCCACAAACUCCUCCACAAAAUGUGUUGCAACUGCCAUCGCCAGAGCUUCUGGGGACUUUUUACAGCAAAGGCAGCAUGCAAGUCAUGCCACAUACUUUGUGUCUACCACCAUACCACGAACAAUAUACAUCUUCCUACGGUGCUUCAGAUGCUGCUAUGUUCCUUCAACCUCCUUCAGUGCUGUACAACAAUGGGGUACAGUUUGAUUCGCCAUCUCUCUCCGUGCACCACAAGAGAAGAUUCGACUUUUCCAAACUUGCUGAAUCUGCAACAGCUGCUGAUGUGCUGCCUUUGAGUUCUGCCUUUGACGAUCCCUACGGGAAUGUUUGGGGUCCUUUAGGGGCAGUGCCCAGAUACCCUGCGAACUCUAGGCCGAAUAUUCUCCCUGCUGGAACUUCCACGAGACCGAGGAAGGAAUUCAUCUGCAAAUUCUGCCAAAGGCGGUUCACAAAGUCUUACAACUUACUGAUUCACGAAAGGACGCACACAGAUGAAAGGCCUUACACCUGUGAUAUCUGCCGCAAGUCAUUCAGAAGACAGGAUCACCUCAGAGAUCACAGGUACAUCCACUCAAAAGAAAAGCCUUUCAAAUGCACAGAUUGUGGGAAAGGAUUUUGCCAGUCGCGGACUUUGGCUGUUCAUCGCAUAUUGCACGCAGAAGACUCCCCCCAUAAAUGUGGAGCUUGUGGUCGGACCUUCAAUCAGCGGAGCAACCUCAAAACACAUCUACUAACCCAUACGGACAUUAAACCUUACAACUGUUCCUCCUGUGGGAAAGAAUUUCGCCGGAAUUGCGAUCUCCGAAGACAUACUCUCACACACGCCCCCGGUGGUGGAUGCGAAAACCACGACGGCAGCAGUGCUGGCUCGUUUGUUUUUUCCUCGACAGAUGGCGCUCCUGGCUCACCGUGUGAUUCUGGAUUGGAAAGCGGGGAUCAAGAUCCCGAAUAUGACAGUGAUGCGCCCUCAACAAGAGAAUGUGAAAUAGUGGAUGUUGAAAACUGA